AUGGAUUCUUCUACGGGUUUACAAACAGCAUGGCUAAUGGCCACGCUUGGAUCAAAAAUUAAUAACAAGACUUCAGUCAAACGAGACAUUCUCACUACUUCUAUACCCCAGGUAUGCGAGGAGUUGAUAGGUAUCAGCAAAGAAAGAAACAUUCGCUACUUGUCCAACAUGAUGUAUGGGAUCUCUAUGCUCUACAAGUCCAAAAUAAACUUCUUUCUCAACGAUGUAGCCUUUGUUAAUGCAAAGUUGAAUCGAGAUGUGCUUCAAUUACACAGACUGGAAAAGACUUAUAACGUGGCUAACGUAUUUGAACAAGUUGUGAAGAAACAAGUUUUGCUUGAGAAUGACCCCAAUUUCAAUAUUGAGAUUGAUUUUAUCCCUUCUGCCAUUGAUUUUAUAGAAGAAAUGGAGUAUGAUGAAAAUCAAAAGGUAAAGAGAAGAAGAAGGUUAGAAAUUCUGCAAAUGGAUCAAAUGCAAUUUCCUACGGAAAAUUGUACUAGUCUCUUCCAAAUCAACGAUAAGACAAAGAAUGGCUCCAGAAGUAUAUUUGAUGUCAAUAGUUCUAGGGACGAAAGUGCUCUUGUAGAUGACUUAUUCAAUAGAAGUAUCAAUUACAGUACCAUCACUCAAGAAGAUGUACAAUUUGAAUUUAACAACGAUGGUGACAUAGUCUCAACAAAUAACAAUAUUGAAGAAGUCAACGAUUUGCUUGUUGAUCUAGAUUUGGAGAACAACAAUUUAAGUCAGGAUAUACUAGAAGAAAGACAAGAUAAUUUAAAUAUCACAAAUGAUCCUCAUUUUCUCGUUUCUGAGCAACAAUCGAAUUCUAGUAGCCCUUCGGUUGCUCAAGAGCCUUCCAGUAUUGUUACAUGUACAACGAAAGUCACUGGCACGAAGAGAAAACUCCAACGUCUUUUGGUGGAUGAAAUUUCUCAAAUAACUAUUCCUCAAUCUAUUCUAGAAGAGGCAGUUAGAACAUACGAACAGAGAAUGCUUGAUAUUCAUACUGAUAAAUUUGAAAUACAACAUGAUGAUCAAAUGAAAGUUAAUGAAAUCAUGGAAGCCCUUAAUCCUAACUUCAGUCCUUUCCUCAACUUUGUGAAUCGCUUAACUCUAGCGAAUUCAUUGUAUAAUGAACCUGUGAACACAACCAGAAACGAAACUCUCACAUUCAAUAGCACUCUGGUCCAUUCGAUGCUAAGAGAAAUAGGCGUGAUUCGCCGUGUUGAGACUUUGAAUAUCCCAGAGUACGAAAUAGGAAGAGAUGUUAUUCUCAGGAGUUUUGAAGAGUAUAGAGAAGAGGAAGUUAAUGACUUCGAAUUGGAUCAAAAUAUUGAACAAGAGCUAGAGAAUGAAGCUGCAGACUUGUCUACGCUUUCCAAUGAUGUCUUCAAUCUCUCGUUUGGGAACCUCGAAUCUCGUAGUGGAGUGUCUACCAAAGGAGCACAAACAUAUGUUCCUGCCGAAUCUAGCCAGCAAUCAGAAGAGGAAAGCAACCAUACCAAAUUGUUGAAAUUCCAUCAGCUAAUUCAAUCUCGCACCAGAACAUAUGGUAAUCUAUAUGAAAAUGUACACAGAGAAAACACGACAUUUUCGCAGCCAUUCGGAAUUGGAUCCACGACAAAUGAGGGGCAGUAUUACACUAUCAAAUUUUCAGAUUUGAUUCCGAGUCGAUCUAAAACCAUAAAUGAAGAAUUAGAAAUUCCCAUUACUCGAACCUUGGCUGCCAAUUCCUUUGCUAGUAUCCUAGCACUAGCUACUAAUGACAUGGUUGGAAUAUACGUACUGCCGCAGGCGUCAGACAGCUAUGGUAUCCUUUCUGGCGAGGCUAUCGACAUUAUCGUGCAGAUCCCUUGA